AUGUCUCAACUCGACGAAGAGAAUAUCAACUGUUCCAUCUGUCGGGAUCGGCUCCAGGAUCCGGUGACUAUUCCCUGUGGACACAGUUACUGCAUGAAGUGUAUUCAAAGAUUCUGGGAUGAAGAGGAGAAAAUCCACAGCUGUCCUCAGUGCAGGAAGACCUUCAUACCGAGGCCUGUUCUGGUGAAAAAUGUAAUGUUUGCAGCUUUAGUGGAGAACCUGAAGGAGACUGGAAUCCAAUCUGCUCCUGCUGAUCACUGCUAUGCUGGACCUGAAGAUGUGUCCUGUGAUGUCUGCUCUGGAAGAAAACUGAAAGCCAUCAAGUCCUGUUUGAUCUGUCUGGCCUCUUACUGUGAGAAACACCUUCAGCCUCACUAUGUGGCAGCUCCAUUAAAGAAACACAAGCUGGUGGAACCCUCCAAGAACCUGCAGGAGAACAUCUGCUCCACUCAUGACGAGGUGAUGAAGAUGUUCUGUCGUACAGAUCAGAAGUGUAUCUGUUAUCUCUGCUCUGUGGAGGAACAUAGAGACCAUGACACAGUCUCAGCUGCAGCAGAAAGAACUGAGAGGCAGAGAAAGCUGGAGGAGAGUCAACAGCAAAUCCAGCAGAGAAUCCAGGACCGAGAGAAAGAGGUGAAGCUGCUUCAACAGGAGCUGGAGGCCAUCCAUCACUCUGCUGAUCAGACAGUGGAUGAUAGUGAUGAGAUCUUCACUCAGAUGAUCCGUCUCAUCCAGAAAACAAGCUGUGAUGUGAAGCAGCAGAUCAGAUCCCAGCAGCAAACUGAAGUGAGUCGAGUCAAAGAUCUUCAGGAGGAGCUGGAGCAGGAGAUCACUGAGCUGAAGAGGAGAGAUGCUGAGCUGAAGCAGCUCUCACUCACAGAGGAUCACAACCAGUUUCUGCUCAGCUACCCGUCACUGCCACCACUCAGUGAGUCCUCACACUCAUCCAGCAUCAAUGUCCGUCCUCUGAGAUACUUUGAGGAUGUGACCGCAGCUGUGUCAGAGCUCAGAGACAAACUGCAGGACAUUCUGAGAGAGGAGUGGACAAACAUCUCACGGACACUCACUCAUGUGGAUGUUUUACUGCCAGAACCAGAACCAAAGAGAAGAGCGGACUUCUUGAAAUAUUCCUGUCAAAUCACUCUGGAUCCAAACACAGCACACAGACGACUGUUACUGUCAGAGGAGAACAGAAAGGUGACAAUGAUGGCAAAACCUCAGUCUGAUUCUGAUCAUCCAGACAGAUUUACUCUUUAUGGUGAAGUUCUGAGUAGAGAGAGUCUGACUGGACGUUGUUACUGGGAGGUGGAGUGGAUAGCUUACUUUGUUUAUGUAGCAGUCACAUACAAGGACAUCAGAAGAUCUGGAGAGGAAAGUGGAUUUGGUUUUAAUGACAAAUCUUGGGCAUUAUAUUGUUCUCAAGACAAUUUAUUUUUUUUCCACAACAACAUCCAAACCUCCAUCUCUGCUCCUGGUUCCUCCAGAAUAGGAGUGUACCUGGAUGACAGAGCAGGAGUUCUGUCCUUCUACAGCGUCUCUGAAAGCAUGACUCUUCUCCACAGAGUCCAGACCACAUUCACUCAGCCGCUCCAUGCUGGACUGUUAUUUAAUCAUGUUGGAGAUACUGUAAAGUUUUGUAAACUCAAAUAG